AUGGAUCCCCUUUCUAUCUCCGCCUCAGUUGCUGGCCUCAUCACGAUAUCAACCCAGAUCCUGGGUAUUAUCAGCGACUUUAAAUCCAAGAACAACAAAGAGCUUGACUCUCUCGCGCGAGAAAUCAACGCAGUCCGUGGUAUCCUUUGUCAGAUCCAACAAAUCGUCCAAUUCCAAUCCGUGAAGCCCAACAAGAAUGAAGAAUGGCUAGGCACCCUCAAUGCGACAUUAGAUAACUGCGGAGACGUGUAUCUUGCGCUACAAACAGACCUGCGGGGGCUCACGUCACAUUCCAAGCUCGACUCCCUGAAGAGCAAAAUCAAAUGGACGCUCAAAGACAAGGAUAUCCAGGACAGAUUGAGGAAAAUCGAGAGCUACAAGCUGUCCUUAGAGCUAUUACUUUCGGUUCAAACGAGGUAUGCAUCCCUCUUCAAACAAGGUGGCACAGUGGGUCUCACGACAAACAGUACAAAAACGUCGAAUAUCGAGGAUAUACUUAUCCAGAUUCAGAAAAAGCUGUCAUUGAAGCCUGCAGAGUCCCCCGCCGUUCGCACGCCACUGUCGUGGCGACGAAAACUGGCAGGAUUUGAGGCAGGGUUCGCACUACUACAGCCGAACAGCAACAGCUCGAUAUCCUCUGAUGUGCAGAGGAGUGGCGACUACGGGCAGUUGGAUACUGACAAAUCCUACAUCAUUUCUGGACCAAGAACAGCUGGCUGGGACAAACCAGGAGCCUAUGGUAUUACUCAUGACGCAGGCUUCCAUGCUCCUGAUAUCAACAGCCCGGACAUUACGCGCAUCUCAUUGGAGGACGAAUUUCUUGCUCCGUCUGGAAAAUCAAGUCUCAUAUUUGUGCGCGGUGUCCUAAAAUCUUCAAUAUGCUUUCGUGAUGACCUCCCUGAGCAGAAUAAUCCUGAAGAUUUUCAGCUCGCAGUAGGGGAUUUUGCCCUAAAGUCAGUAGGCGAGCGUCAGCAUAUUCUAGUGAAUUUUGAAACCGCACGAGACCGGGAGGCAUUUAUAAUGCACUUUUACGCCAUUCGAUAUCUUCAAAGAAUGGCCGUUGCCUUUUGUACACCCAAGCAUCUUUACUAUCACUCUCGUACUAAUGAAACAAGAGUUCAGCAUGUGCAAGUGGGAUACGCGGAUGGCACUGAAAUGUCCUAUAUCUAUCCAAAUAUCUAUGUUGAGCACAGUCUGGAGGACAAGUGCCCUCGAUUCACAUGUGGUGUGAAGAUUCGCAAAGGGACCGUGUUAUUCAGCGAGGAGUUGUCGAGCCUUGAGUUUGAAGUGGUCGGAGCGGAGACCAUCGUUUUCACUAAGCAGGAAGGAAAGACCAUACGUACCAUCUCGUGUACCUUUGGGCAUAUAUGUGGUAAGAAGCUCAAAUUUGUAGAAUCCGGUGUGGAAGAUGAUAUUGAUAUUUUAUUAGAAGUAUUUAAGAUAUAUUAUCGGCUGAAGGACAUCGUACGUGAGUGGGAAAUGUUGAGCAAAAGGAGAGUUGAUGAGUAUGAGACGAGAAAGGAGUGGAAAAUCGAGAAACUUGAAUUCAGGGAAUCAUUUUGCGAACCGAGAGAGCCAUUUCACAACGUUCUCGUGGUCCUGAAAUCAGAUCGCUUCUACAAGCGAAUGAAGAUAGAAAUCUUCAAUGAAGAAGCAACGAAGACGCUAGCUUCCUGCUAUGUGGUGAUCUCUUCUAUUCUAUACCAGAAACAACAUUUCCAAUUGAAGUUCCCAAUAUUCCAGGCCAGCUUCUGGGAUCUCAGAGAUGGUCACGGGGAAACACUCGAUAACUUCAAGACCGGACAGAGACGUGAUAAAGCAAUCAUCUCCAAAGAUCAGUUCUAG